ACGAGAUUCAACUAUGGCGAACGAUGUCGUCCAGUAUCCCUGGAUGCGUAUAGCGUCGACAGUGUCUCCGCGUACAACAGCGUCAGACGCAAAGGGGUGGCCAGAUCUUCGAAAAGGAGCUAUGGGAAUCCCACGUUUGAGGAUUCGAGCGCCAUACCGUCCCAUCCCUUGAAUUUUGCCGGGCUUUCAUCUUUCUGCAAUGACGUUAAUGCAAUCAACGAGGAAUUCGCCGGUAUUCCACAAGUUUCGGCGAAGAUAGACGAGCUACCGACCGGCGCUGAACUGAAGAAUAGAUACGCAAACGUGAUACCGCUUCCGGAGACAAGGGUGCCGCUUCAAAAAAUUAACAACGAUCCACUUACGGAAUACAUUAAUGCCAGUUACGUCAGGGGACCAAAAAACGCGAUGAGAUACUAUAUCGCUUGUCAAGCACCAAUGGAUGCGACCAUUACCGACUUCUGGAGGAUGAUCUGGGAGCAACAGUGCAAAGUGAUCAUCAUGCUAACUGAUCUCGUUGAGAACGGGGUAGAGAAAUGUACCGAGUACAUACCACCCUCGGAAAUAACGGAUUGCCACCGGUUAUACGGUGAUUUCCAAGUUACUUUAAAGAAGAGAGAAACCAAAGAAAAAUAUGCCAUUUCCACGCUUCAUUUAAAGAAUCUGGAGAACAACACAUUCCGAGAGGUGUAUCAUAUUUGGUAUUUGUGGCCUGUCAAUGGCGCACAGUCGGACGGAGCGGGCUUGAUAGCCGUGCUCCUCGAGGCGAGGGCACUCCAAAGGGGUGGCCCUGGACCCAUUGUUGUCCACUGUAGUCCCGGCACUGGACGCACGGGAACGUUAAUAGCUCUUGACCUAGGAAUUAGACAAUAUGAGAUUACGAGGACUGUGGACGUGCCAAGGGUCAUUUACACUAUCAGACGGGAUCGUGCUGGGGCUGUUCAGACGAAAGAACAAUAUGCUUUCAUUUAUAAGGCGUUAAAUUUGUACGCGACCAAACUAGCUGGCGGUGUGUUGGAUUCAACGUGAAUUACUCGAGUAGAUUACAAAAACGUUCUCCAACGAGGACAACACUUAAAUCGAAGAAGGAAUCUGCUGUACCAAUGAAGGGUAGAGAAAAACACGUCACGGAAAGCGAUACAAAGCACGAGAUUAUGCAACACUCGAGAUCCUAGAAUUAUCGAAAUAGAAAAAUACUACACGAUAAUCGAUCGAAAAAAGGCGACUUGUGAUACGUGGACCAUUCUGACGAUCAUAUAUCGCGUCAGAUUUUUACUUGAUUUACUAGGAACAAGACG